AUGACGGUGUCGCGCUUCGAUGACCAGCGCUACGGAGAUCAGCUGCUGGGCCGCUUCAUCAUCUCCUUCAGCAUCGAGUACUGCUACUUCACGCCGACCCCAGAAGACGGUCGCUUGGGAGGCAACACGGACGUCCCCACGCUGAACAUCAUUGGCACCGAAGACGAGUUCUUCGGUGCGAAGAACAGCGUCGCUGCACUCGUCCAAGCGGACAAGGAGCGCGGCUUUGGGGAUGUCAAGCUCGAUGGGCAUGGCUUCGAUACGAUGAUGGAGCAGGAGGUGAGCACAGGCCUCGUUUGCUACAUGGAAGGGGCCAUGCAUGGACCAUGCCCCACCCAUGACAACUUCAUCCGCCGUUUGUUCUCCACGUUCUUCACACGCCCGCAAGACAUCUGGAAGAUUGAUCAGCUUUGGGCAAUCGACGACCGUCUGACCGGCUGGGUGGAAGUUCUGAAGAAGCGCACGAAAGGUCAGAAGCUUGCCUUGGUCCACGUUCCCCUGAUGGAUCACUCGAAGCUCACUCUGGACGAGGUUGACGAGCUGCAUGUCACCCAGAAGAGAAGGGACGUGCUCGAAGCCAACAAGGGCCAUCAGGAGCACAUGGAAGAAGCUGCAAAGGCAAAGAAGGCCAUCCUUGAAAGCGUGCAGAAGCGACAACAGCAGAGCAAGUAA